AUGGUGCUGCCGACCUCUCCCAGCCCCUCGUCGCCGUCCAGCAGCGGCAGCGCGGACGAGCUCGCGUCGCUGCUCGAGGCGGAGUUGGAGGAUGUGCGCGUCGACGAGGGGGACGAGGAAGCGGACGACGAGGAGCAGGGAGAGGGGGAAGCGGAGGAGGCGGAAGCGGAGGCGGGGGAGGCGGAGGACGGGGAAGCAACAGCCGAUGCAAUAGGCGAUACAGUAGCGGAUUACGACGAAACUGAUGCCGCCGACACAAUCGAGGACGAGGCGAUGCGGGAAGAGCCGGCUGCCGGCGGCGAUGCGCUGGAGGUGUCAGCGGAGGAGGCGGCGCGCAUGGUGGGGGAGGAGCGGGCGCGCAUGGAGCGGCGGCGGCGGCUGUACCUGGUGCUGGACCUGGACCACACGCUGCUCAACUCCGCUCGCGACAUUGACGUCCCGCCCGCCCAUGAGGCCUACCUCGCUGCCGCCUACACCAUCGGCGGCGUGCCGCCUGCUCUGCCGCCUGCUUUGCCACCGGCUGCCCCACCUGCUGGGCUACCUGCUGGGCCUCACCCGCCCCCUGCUGUGUCACCGCCUGAUUCCCUUGCUACACCUGCUGCUCCUGCUGCCGCGGCCUCUCCUCCUGCUCCUCCUGCCGCUGCUGCCGAUGCUGAUGCCGGUGCCAGCGGUGGUGCUGUGUGUACGCGUGCAGCAGAGGCCACUGGGUCAGAAGUGCCCGCUCCUAGUGCUGCCACGGGGGGACAACCAGCAGGAGCGCCGGUAGCAUCAGGCGGGGAGGCGGGUGCUGCAGAGCCGGCAGCGGAGCAAAGGGAGCGGGGCACAAGCACAGGCGCAGGCACAGGUGACAACCCAGGGACUGCCCCCACUGCUGCUGCCGCUACCGCUAGCCCCGCCUCUACCCCCGCCGCCCCUCCCCCCAUCACCCUCUUCCGCCUGCCCCACAUCCGCAUGUGGACGAAACUCCGGCCCGGAAUCGCAUCCUUCCUGCAGCGCGCGCAUGACCUGUUUGACCUGGUAGUGUACACCAACGGCGAGCGCGCGUACGCACACGCCAUGGCGGCGCUGCUGGACCCCACAGGGCGGCUGUUUGGCGGGAGGGUGAUCUCGCACGGGGACAGCACGGUGCGCGGACUCAAGGACCUGGACGUGGUGCUGGGGGCCGAUAGCAUGGUGCUCAUUCUUGAUGAUUCUGAAGUGGUGCGUGGGGGAUGGGGGGGUGGGGGGGCGAUUGGGGAAUUGAUUGUCUGUGGGGGGAUGGGUGGGUGUACGGGGUGCGAGGGGGGGACAUUGGUGUGGCCGAAGCACCGGCACAACCUACUCUUAGUGGAGCGGUACCACUUCUUUGCCAGCAGUCGCCAGCACUUCCUGCUGCCGGGCCCCUCGCUGCUGGAGUCCCACGUGGACGAGGCCCAUGAGGGUGGGCUGCUCGACGCCCUCUGGACGCCCCUCUCCCGCACGCACCAGCGCUUCUUCCACCAGGUGGACCAAGGGCGGCACUCAGCAGACGUGAGACAGAUCCUAGCACAGGAGCGCGCCACCAUCCUAUCAGGUUGCCACCUGGUCUUCAGCCGAGUCUUCCCCACAGACGCGUCCCGCCCGCAAACCCACCCACUCUGGCGCAUGGCCGAAUCCAUGGGCGCCACGUGUCACACCCAGAUUGGUCCGCAGAUCACACACGUCGUGGCGCUGGAUUGCGGCACGGACAAGGCCAUCUGGGCCGUGUCACAGAAGCGCCACCUGGUGCAUCCUGGUUGGCUGGAGGCCUCGCUGCUUGUGUGGAAGCAGGCAGAUGAGAAAAAGUUUCCUGUGGACUGGGGGAAGGGGCGGGCAGGGUGGUGCCCGAGCAUUCAAGUGGUGGCAACGGUGCCUAUGCCUGCCAAAGGUGCUGCUGUUGAUGGUGCAGGGGUGGCGGCGGUUGAAAAGGAUGAGGAGACAAAUAGGAGCUCAGUACCGGAGGGCUCAGGAGGUGUAGCAGCAGGAGAGGGGGGGGUUGAGAGUGGGAGUGGGAGUGGGAGUGGGAGUGGGAGUGGUGUGGUGGGGAAAGACUCGGAGGCAGUGGUUGGGAGUGCAGAUGUGUUGGACAAACAGGUGUAG